AUGUACUCAGGAUCAAGCUCAGCUGAUAGAGAAGAAAAAGCAGACAAGAAGAGACAGAAAGGCUGCAUAAGAAAAGACAGUCCCUCAGCCGGCAAGACUCCCGCUGAACCGCCAACCAGGAAGAUACCUCUACGAGAAAGACUCUUUGGGAAACCGGUGGAUAAGAAGAAGCAGCAAGACCGGGUUUCAAAAGACAGUCCCUCAACAACCAAGACUGCCACUGAAAAGCCAAUCAGUGAGAAACCCAGUGGUGACUCCACUGACAUUCCAGCAGCUGCAACAAGAGCAGCUAAAGGAAAGAAAAAGAUAUAUAAGAAGAAGCAGCAAGACUGGAUCCCAAAGGACAGUCCCUCAACAACCAAGACUGCCACUGAAAAGCCAAUCAGUGAGAAACCUUCAGAGAAACAUCUCUUAAAGAAACCAGUGGAAACGAAAACUGUUUUGAAUUCAGAUGGAGAACCAAGCUCCAUCUCAAGUGCGUUAAAUAUCAGUGAAGGAGACCUGAUCCCCUCCCCCACAACACAUUACGUUGCACAAAAAUACCUUGGCAACGGCGCAUAUGGAAUGGUCACCCAAUGCAGGAAUGUGACCACCGGUGAGACGGUGGCUCUAAAAAUCAUCGAAAGCCUCUGGGACAUUGACUAUGCACAAGUAGAGGAGGUCAUCCUUCAAAACAUGAAGAAGCUCAGCUCAGACAGGUUCAACAUCGUCAGAUUUUACGAGUCCUUCUUCUACAAGGAACAUUACUGUCUUGUGUUUGAGCUCCUGGAUAUGGAUCUGCAGAAAUUCAAACAGAUCAGCCCGGGUCAACACCUUCAGCUGAAGCAGAUUCGCCCCAUUCUGCAGCAGCUAGCUACAGCCUUGGACUUUUUGAACAUCGCAGGGAUCAUUCAUGCAGAUUUGAAGCCAGAUAACAUCAUGCUGGUGGAUCAUGUCAGGCAGCCACUCAAGGUUAAAGUUAUUGACUUUGGCUUAUCCUUUGAUGAUCCUGAGGAAAUGCUCGGUCAAACCCUCCAGACCUUGUGGUACAGGGCUCCUGAGAUUCUGUCUCUAGAUUCUUUCAGCGGGAAGAUCGACGUAUGGUCUCUCGGCUGCAUUGCUGCUGAGCUGUCAAUGGGCACACCGCUGUUCCGUGCCAAGGAUGAGGAAGAUUUGAUGAUGAAAAUUGCAUUUGCACGAAGAGAUCCAUGGCAAGGAGGAAACCUCCUACCACAUGCGUUCUGGCCAAGAUCUUGGUUGGAAGGCAGAUUUAUGAGGAAUCAUCCUGCCUGGUCUCAAGACGUCCAAGCGGAAUUUUAUGACCUGCAGUCCUUUAUGGACCUAAUGACUGAGAUGCUGAUGAUGAGUCAGUAUAAAAGAAUUACCCCCGCCAGAAUUCUCCAGCAUCCAUUUAUCACCAUGAGUCACCUUCAAGAUGGACAUCUGAUGGCCAGGAUCAGAGCUCUGAGGAUGGAGGACAUUGAUACCAGACCAGAAGACUCCCAAGCCAAGGUCAGAAGGAGUGAACGACUGGCAGCCACUCGAAAGGGCACAAGUGGGAAAACUGGCCCAUACCAGUCCAAGAGGAUGAGAGAGAGGCAUGAUCCCUCAUCCAUUGGCAAGCCCUCAAGAAAGAAGAGACACAUGGGCCCUAAUGGAAUGAGAGACUCCCAAGACGAAGUCAGAAGGAGUGAACGACUGGCAGCCAUUCGAAAAGGUGCAAGUGGACAAACGGGCCCAAUCCGGCUCAAGAGGAUAAGAGGGAGAGACGACAGUGUUGGACGAAACCGGUUCAUGGCGAGAAGAGGAUAG